AUGGCCUCUCAGAGCUACCGGGCAGGACUAUUCUGGAGCCAGCUGGUCCGCUGCACAACACUUGGACAAACUCGGACUCAUCCUGGUCGAUACCUGUCCUCCCUCCACCCUCCGCCUCCAGACUCCUGGACCUCUCAGCUUUCCCUGCUGCCCCACCAGGACCUCUACCGGCUCUCAGUGACCGACCCAGACCGGUUCUGGGGCUCUGCAGCCGCAGACAGACUCCACUGGGUAGAACCGUUCCAGCAGGUCCAGGACUGUGAUCUGAGCCGGGGCAGGAUCAACUGGUUCCUGGGGGGCAAGCUGAACGUUUCAGGUGAAUGUCUUGACAGGCACGCCAAAACAGAACCCUCUCGAACAAGGUUGAUCCUGGUCAGAGAUUUGUGCUCAUCACCAGUAUGUCCAUCCAUCAGGGAGCUGCUGGAGACCACCUGCCGCCUAGCAAACACCCUGAAGAGCCAUGGGAUCCACAAAGGAGACAGACUGGCCAUCUACAUGCCAGUGUCACCACUGGCUGUGGCUGCCAUGUUGGCAUGUGCUCGAAUUGGUGCCGUACACACAGUGGUGUUUGCCGGAUUCAGCUCAGAUGCCCUGGCAGGACGGAUCCAGGAUGCUCAGUGCAAAGCUGUUAUCACCUGUAAUCAAGGUGUGAGAGGAGGCCGACUCAUUGAGCUCAAAGCCACAGUGGAUGCUGCAGUGAAAAACUGUCCAUCCGUCCAACAUGUCUUUGUCUCUCAGAGGACUGAAAACCCUACAAUGAUGGGAAAACUGGACAUUCCUCUGGAGGAGGUGAUGUCCUCUGAGUCUGCCGUUUGUCCCCCAGAGUCUCUGGACAGCGAGGACCUUCUCUUUCUGCUCUAUACAUCAGGAAGCACAGGAAAACCUAAAGGACUUGUCCACACCCAGGCUGGUUACCUGCUCUACUCCUCUAUGACUCACCAGUAUGUGUUUGAUUACCGGGACGGUGACGUGUUCGGCUGUGUGGCUGACAUCGGCUGGAUUACUGGUCACAGCUACGUGGUGUAUGGCCCGUUAUGUAACGGUGCCACAACGGUUCUGUUCGAGAGCACACCAGUGUAUCCAAACCCAGGAAGGUACUGGGAGAUGGUUGAACGCCUGAGGAUAAACCAGUUCUACGGAGCUCCGACAGCCCUGCGUUUGCUGCUGAAAUAUGACGAGAGCUGGGUGAAGAAGUAUGACCGUUCGUCUCUGAGAACACUUGGAUCAGUGGGGGAGCCAAUAAACCACGAGGCCUGGCACUGGUUCCACAGUGUGGUGGGGGAGGGACGGUGUCCACUGGUGGACACUUGGUGGCAGACAGAGACCGGAGGAAUCUGCAUUGCCCCCAGACCUGCUGAGGACGAAGCCCCCAUUGUCCCCUCCAUGGCCAUGAGGCCGUUCUACGGGAUCCAGCCCAUCAUCAUCGGAGACCAGGGUGAGGUUCUCAGCCGUCCGUCGGUCAGCGGAGCCCUAUGCAUCAGUCAGCCAUGGCCUGGGAUGGCUCGCAGCAUCAACGGCAACCAUCAGAGAUUUAUCGACACUUAUUUCACGCCAUACCCCGGUUAUUAUUUCACCGGCGAUGGGGCUGUCCUCUCAGAGGAUGGAUUCUAUCAGAUAACCGGACGCAUAGAUGACGUCAUCAACAUCAGCGGUCACCGUCUGGGGACUGCGGAGAUUGAGGACGCUUUGGAUGAGCAUCCAGCUGUUCCAGAAACUGCAGUGGUUGGAAUUCCUCAUGAGAUUAAAGGAGAAGUACCUUUUGCCUUUGUGGUUCUGAAGGAUGACGUAUCUGUUAACCCCACCACUGUCCUUCAGCAGCUCAGAGAACUCGUCUCAACAAAGAUUGCCAAAUAUGCUGUACCGGAACACUUCCUGGUGGUGAAGCGGCUGCCUAAGACUCGCUCUGGGAAGAUCAUGAGGCGGAUUCUCAGGAAGGUGGCCAUGGAGACGACCUGUGACCUCGGGGACGUGUCGACUUUGGACGACCCGUCCGUCAUCGCAGAGAUCGUGGAGUCUCUUGAGCAGUACCGGAAGCAAAGAGAAACAAAGUAG